AUGCUAACUUACUUGAUCACUUUCCAGCCCAUCUUCGUGGAGAACAUACCUUCACAACGUCGCACAAACGUAAAAAUAAUUUUUUCGGAAGAGAAAAACUUGACACAUCAGGGAAAGACUUGGCAUCAACCUUGCAACCUGCAGUGCGGGCAGGGGUGGUCAGCGGACCCUAUUUUUCCGAUUUUCGGCCCGCGGCCCGGCCCGUCUAAUUACCGGCCCGGCCCGGCCCGUCUAGUCUUUUUCCAGGCCCGGCCCGGCCCGGCCCGUGACGGGCCUGGCCCGGCCCGGCCCGUGCAGGCCCGUUUAUAGAGGGUUCUGCGAACUGCGCCCAAGCUUGGGAUCUAAACUUAGGCAAAAAAGGCGUUAAUAUAGCUAGUAAAGGGUCAAUGUGAUAGUUUUGUGGUUUUAUAAUGGAACUAUAGACUUGUAAACGUUUUAGAACUUGAGAAACAGCAACUAUAACAACAUCAAUUAAUUUUCCCGGCGCGAAAACAAUGAAUGCCAACGCUUUGGCAUUGUAAUUUAGACGGGCCGGGCCGGGCCGGAAAAAACCCCAGGCCCGCGGCCCGGCCCGGCCCGGCCCGUGACGGGCCCGGCCCGUUUGUAAUUUUCCAUUUUUGAGCCCGGCCGGCCCGUUUGGGCCGGGCCGGGCCGGCCCGUCACGGGCCGGCCCGGCCCACUGACCACCCCUGAGUGCGGGGCCAAAAAGAGGAAUAAAGUAAAAACAAGCUCUGACUUUCGGCGACUCCGAGCGGGGAGUAAGAUCCGGUCCUACUCCCGACCUUGAAGUCGGAAAGCCAGAAACAAAAUUGACUUUCUUUUGCAUUUUCCUUGAAGUAAACUGAAAAUUUACUUUUUUUUUAAAAAAAAAGUAAAAACAGAAAAAUUUCAAAAAUUUUUCAGAAAAUCUUUUAUCUCCCGCUUUAUAUGUAUAUUUCUUGUUUUAGGUGAUCAUCCGAGAUUCCCAUUACCGUCGGAAUAUUAGUUAUCGACUUUUGGGAUAUAUUGGAGUUGUAAAUGCAGGUCACAUGAUCCUGUUCAUUAUGUUGGUACCCUAUGGCUUUACUUGUGAACGACAAAGAUUUGAUUACAUUGCAGUAACGGGUGUCAUCAGCAACUUUGCUUAUUAUGUCAGCGAGCCUUUGGGAGUUUUGUUGGCUGUUAAUCGGUACAUGGAGAUCUGUGUGCCGAGAUUUAAGACGUACAAUGAAACAAAAAACUUUUAUGAUGUGAGUAAUGAAUUUCAAGUUUUAGCUUGCGCUUUAUGGUUUUGGAACUCUGAAUGUAAAGUUAGAAAUUGUAAUUUAAAUUAACGCAUUCUCGAAUAUGUUUCUGCAGGCCUCGUCGUUGCUCACGUUUAUAAUAAUCAUCGUUGUGUCGAUCUGGAUGUUUACAGGAGAAGGAUGCCAUGUUUAUUACUUCUGUUAUCGUUACAGUUACUAUAAAGAUUGCCCUAAAGCAGAGUUCAUUCGGGGACGGAGUUUCAUGGUAUAUGCCUGUCUUCUGAGUGAACUUAUAAUAUAUCUCAUUACUGUGGGUCAUAUCGCUGCUCAACGAACGAUAACUGGAGAAAAGUUGAGACUGAUGACACCGGAAAAGAGGUUGCUGAUUAUGUGCAUCAUUCACUUUGUGAACACUGCCUGGAGACAAGGAGCUCAGCAUGUCAACAACGUCUUCUUUGUGUAUUCGGUAAUUUUGAAGUUUUCGAAUAAAAAUAUUCAAUUAUGCAAAUUUUUAGCCGCUCUCUCAAGUCUCCUCUGUUACAGCGAUGGCGCUAUCAGAUGUCAUUAACGCCAUACUACCGUUGAUUUUUAAUCGGUAAACUAAACAUAAAAAAAUAAAAUUUUGAAUGUUCUGCUUCAGGCCCUUGCUAAUGGAUACCCUAACUAUCUUGAAAGCCCGGAAGCCUCGACUUUUUUCAUUCACAUCUCUGUCAAGUACCCAAUUAUCAAUCCAACAAACUUCUGUAUAA